CUCCGUUCCGCCAGCCCUAAUCAUCAUGACAUCUAUAGUUGAUGCUUCCACUCCUCCGGUGCUCCGCGUUGACUCACAAUCUUCCACUCUCCCUGCCCUCUCUGCUGUCAUUGCCUGGCCUCUCCAACGCAGCAACAGACAUCCUCUCCCCCAUCAACCACCCUGAUACCUUCAGACAAGUAUACUAGUGACAAAUUAUCAUCAUCGAAUCCGCAAACAUGUCACUACCAAUCUCUCGCACCUUGUCGUGGGCCUCCAUGUGCCCAGACCACGAGCAAAAGCGCAUGUGGAACGAGCACUUGAAGGGGAAAGCGGAGAGAGAAUGCAAGUGUCGUGAAUGUUUGAACAAGUUGGAACUUACGCUCAAGCUCAGCGAGCUCAAAGACGUCGGAGGUCACCAUUCUGAUAUGCGUGCCCCUGAGCAGAUGGAAAGUGUGCCCAUUCAGAUGAAAGCAUCGACUCCCUCUCCGGUCUGCUCAGACCCGGAGCGAAAGCGCAUAUGGGACGAGUACUGGAGGCAAGAAGCCGAAAGGAACGCCAGGUAUCAGGAAGUUAUGAACAUGCUUAUCCAACCUGAUGCAUGCGAGGCUGGCUGCUCUGACCGGGAUGUAGACACCAAUAUCCAUGGCCCUGAGCAGAGUACCAGUGUGCAGCCUCAAUCGACUGGCCCAUCAAGACGGACAUCCCUGUCCUCUGGCACGGCUCAAUAUAGCGAGCACGACGCCGACAAUGAAUUGUUCCACGUGGCCAAAAGGUUUCCCUGGGGCAGUGAUGACGGCUCCGAAGACGAGUGGGCUCUGGUAUAUGAGGGGUCUGUGAAGUCUUCGAUGUCAACGAGAACCAGACCUCAGUCUGACACGACCACGGCCUCAAUCCUUACACCAUCCGCAGCAGAUUCCAUCGAGUCCGACGUCCUAGCGACGACAAGUCCCGUACUCUUAUCGAAUGGCGAAUUCUUAAGACUGCUCAACGAUCGAAUUCAGAGCGAAUCCAAUAACAAAUGGGCAAGUGAUUGUGACAGUCCACUGCUGAAAGGCAAGCAGGGGCGAUCCACGAACACCUCUGCCACCGAGUCAUCAACAUCCUCCACCCCAAUCCUCCUCCCCUCCCCCAUCCUGGACGCAUCAGCCCACUCUGCAUCCGAGAGGCAGCAGCAGCGGCAGCGGCCCUACGCUUCCCACUUCCCCUCCUCGCCGCAGGAUCCACGGGAUGCUCCGCCACAAGAUGACCACACUCUUCAGGCGUAUAUUCUAUCUCAAGAGCAGAAAAUCCUCAAGCGCCAGUGGCGCCUCAUCAAGAAAUGGGAGAGGUUGACGGUCUUGAUCGGCCACCGGGUUCCGAAGAACCAGUAUUGGCACUGCGUCGGGCCUUACUUCUUCCCACCUGAAGAAACUCAGGGUUGGGGCAGCGGCAGCGACUCCAACCCCCUGGCGGACUCGCUUACACAAGAUGAGACUAGCAAGGAUCGCCUUGGCCAUCGUGACGGCGCCAACCCGUUCUACUUCGCCUACCCACCCUACUUCCACCUUAACUUUUCUCACCCAAGGUACUCCAAUCCUUGGGCCUACUACCUCCCCCCACAUUACUUCAAUGCCGGCUACUACCAUAUACCCUCAUACUAUGACCGGCCGCUAUGGCCUUACAGCCACACAAUCCCGGUGUGGUCGCAGACGGGCUAGACAUCAUGGCACCUCAAGCAUCUAUGCAUCCCGAUGGAGUGUCAUACUACCUACGAUAUCUGUCGAUGUGUUGGGAUUAGGCUAGGGCUCUUCACAGAGGGAUUUUUCUUCUUGUUCUGUGCGUUUUUUUUAUUGCUUGAUCUUCCUUCUCCUAUUGAGAGAACAGCAUUAGACCCAGAAAUGAUGCGACUAGGUGUCGAUUUCUGUCUUCUGUGGCUCAUGGUGAGCCUUUGCUUAUUGACAUAUUUUCUAUCGCUUUGGGU